AUGGUAAGCUUCACUCUCGAGAAAAAGAUCUCGCCUGCGCCUCGGUGGAUGCUAACCAUCCCUGGCCUCUCCAGUGGCAGUCGUCGAUCUCCGACAGCCGCCGUCAGCCAACUCCGAAGCGAGCCUGCUGCAGCCGGAGCCACAACUGCGAUCUCCGGCCUCGCCGAGGCCCGCACCUCGUCCUCGACCAGCCAUGCCCACCGUAUCUGCAUUUGCAUCCGCACUGUUCGACGAGGAUGGAAACGCCAACCUCGCCGAAAAUGUCAGCUUACCCCGUCUGCCCGAGAUGAGCUCCACGAGUCCAACCACCGGGGCUGUUCCACGCAUCUCCGAGUCGUCCCAUGCGUUCGCUCUCGAACCCACCUAUACACCGGGCACGGAGCCGUCUUCAUCUCGGUGGUCAGGCCCUCGUAUGAGAACGCUCGAGACCCCUUCGCUACGGCCCUUUCACCUCGAUGCUCGACCUUUGCGUUCCCUGUCAUCGCAAGUUGCGAGUUCACCGGACGCUGUUGGAUCCAUCGACCCCCGGAUUGCUCGGUCCUCCUCUAUUCACCCAAGCGGCCGAUCUUCCGACGGUCCCGCGAUCUAUCCGAAUAUAUCUGGAAAUAAUGUAUCGACCAAUGAGGAGCCCAAUGCGUUUCCGUCCUCCGUCACCCUGCUCCGACGAGCGCCUACGCCGGCAUUACCGAUGGCUACCACUUCGACGGGAGACGAGCUGCUCUUCAACCUCGGCAAUACGGCCGCAACGUCGUCAACGCAUUACGACCCGUCAGAGCUCUUGACGUCCACGGUCACGCCUUGGCGAGAAUUUUCGGCAUUUCGUUCGUCCGUUCACAGCGCGAGGGAAGCGGUUGAGCCUCUGACCAUGAUCGGUCGGCCUGCCAAUACUUUCGACUCAUUCAGUGCGGGGCUCGCAGGCCACAACGAAACGGGGACAUCGACAACGGAUACCUCUCGCCUCAGUGACACGCAGAGGGUCCUCAGAGGUGCACAGCAAGCACUCAGAACAGCGGUAGCUUUUGCACAGCGGUAGGUCUCCGAAACUCAAGGUGUUUGCGCACGGGCCUCGCUGAUCAUCUCGAGCUAUUGUUGCACACGAACCAGACUCGAGCAAGUGACUCAAAGCAUCUCGUCCGCCGAUCAGCAUGGGUAUAUCGGUGGACCCGAGUUACCGACAACACGGACCGACCGAUGGACACCAGCACGACUCUCGGAUGGUGCCCCGACCACGACCACCAACUUGCGUUCUAGUAGCAUCAUGGCGCCACCGGCAAUGUUGUCAUUGCAAAGGUCCAUCGUCCAGCUUCGAGCUGCAUCGCUGCGGAUCGACAUUCUAUUGCAGGAAUUCCCUGAUUUCGUUCGUGCUGCUGCUCACGACGAAGCGUCGCCUUCACCAUCAGACGCAUUCAACGUCGGCGCCGAAGUCUCGCCGGAGGAGCAUCGAGCUCGCUUCUACCACCAUUACAAUACGAGUCCUUCUACCUCCUCGACUUCCGUAUCCAGUCUUGCGCCCACCGGUGAUACAAGGACAUUGGCGAGCUCAAGUUCCGAUAAUAUCGAUAGCCGGUUAGAGCUCGCUCGCUCGAGGCUUCGACACGCGCAAAUGACGCUCGAUUCCAUGUCUCGCAUCCGAGAUCAACAAGAUCGAUACGUGCAACAGCAAAUGCAGCCUGGAUCAUUGAGCGGAGAUGUUCCGACUUUGAUGCCCGCUUCAGCUUCUCAGGAAUUCCCUUCGUGGGAAGAAGCGCGAAGGGCACGACCCGAAUGGCAGUUCGUUCCCACAACGUCGACGCUCGCACAAGAGCAGAACCCACCCCGAACAGCCACAGAGAUCGAGGCUAUAACGCCUGGACCCGCACCCGCACCCACUUCCGCACCCGCACCGAUGAACCCUUCCUUGCUCGCGAGGUGGAGAAUGUCCUCGCAACGCUCACCCCUGACGAGAGGUACACAGGCGAGCAAUACAGGAAGGGCAACGAGAAGGGCGUUCCCCAUCAAGUUGGAUCGGAAUGGAGUGGAGAUUCAAGAUGAGAGUGGUGACGAACAAUCCGACCAAGAGGAUGAUGUGGGACCGAGGCAGUUCAUUGGGGGUUUGUUCGGGGGGAGGGAGGAGAGGCGGCCUUCUUUGAGGAGGAAGUGGAGUAGGGAGUUGUGUGGGAGGUGA